UUUGGCUGGGGGAACUUGGAGACGGCUGCAUCACAUCGGAGCUACGUGAUGCAAAGCAAAGAACUUUUGUACGCCGAGUUAAGUUUCAAAGGCAACUUUUGUCGUUGAGGCACAAUGGGACUCCCCACGCUGGAGUUCAGCGACUCUUUCCUGGACAGCCCGGACUUCAGAGAGCGGCUCAAAUGCCAUGAAAUAGAGCUGGAGCGGACCAAUAAAUUCAUCAAAGACCUCAUCAAAGAUGGGAACAUGCUUAUCACUGCGCUCAAAAAUCUUUCUGCUGCUGUCCAGAAGUUCUCCCAGUCCCUGCAGGAGUUCCAGUUUGAGUGCAUCGGUGAUGCAGAGACAGAUGACGAGGUGAACAUCGCCCAGUCAUUCAAAGAGUUCUCCCAGCUGUUGACCACUGUAGAAGAAGAAAGAAGACGCUUGGUAAGAAUGCAUAUUUUGAUUUUAUAG